AUGGCACUUGUAGCCAUUAAAGCAUCAAGCCUUAACCAAGAAGAUUUCCACAAUCUAUGGUUCCAUCUCCAACACAACCUCCUAACCCUAAUCAUUCUCUCCGUUGUUCUCACUCUCGGGUCAAUCGUUUACUUCGUGACACAGCCUAGGCCCGUUUACCUCGUUGACUACUCCUGCCAUCUACCUCCUCCGAGUCAAAAGGUCACAGUCCAAAAGAUCAUAGAUAGUGUCAACAAGAAUCGUGAAGCAGAUCCGUCUAUGAGUUCACUUGCUGCUGAAUCAUCAUUGGACUUCUUUGUUAAGGUUCUAGAACGUUCCGGUCUUGGAGACGAGACUUGCGCACCGGAAGCCCUUUUCAAUGUGCCACCUCUUCAAACCAUGGCGGUUGCACGCGAGGAGACAGAAAAUGUCAUCUUCGACGCCAUUGACAAUCUCUUAGCCAACACCAAAGUCAACCCACGAGAUAUUGGUAUAAUCAUCGUGAACUCGAGUACGUUUAACCCGACUCCUUCGCUCUCAGCGAUGGUGGUGAACAGGUACAAGCUUAGAAGCAACAUUAAAAGCUUCAAUCUUGGUGGUAUGGGGUGUAGCGCGGGUGUUAUAGCCAUCGAUCUCGCUAAGGACUUGUUGCAAGUUCACAAGAACACUUAUGCACUUGUGGUGAGCACAGAGAACAUCAGCCGCAACAUGUACAUAGGUGAUAACAGAUCUAUGCUUGUCUCCAACUGCUUGUUCCGUGUCGGAGGAGCCGCGAUCUUGCUCUCUAACAAGUCGGGAGACCGAAGACGUUCCAAGUACAAGCUGCUCCACACGGUUCGUACUCAUACCGGAGCGGAUGACAAAUCGUUUAGAUGUGUGCAGCAAGAAGACGAUGAGAAGGGCAAAACCGGAGUCUCAUUGACCAAAGAUAUAACGUCUGUCGCUGCAAGAACCAUUACUAAAAACAUCGCCACUUUAGGUCCUUUGGUUCUUCCCGUGAGCGAAAAGCUUCUUUUUUUUAGGACUUAUAUGCGCAAGAAAUUCUUUGACGACAAGAUCAAGCAUUAUGUCCCGAAUUACAAGCGUGCCAUUGACCAUUUCUGCAUCCACCCGGGUGGGAGAGCUUUGAUCGAUGAGCUUGAGAAGAACUUGGGGCUGUCGCCAAUGGACGUGGAACCAUCGAGAUCAACUUUGCAUAGGUUCGGUAACACUUCUUCGAGCUCUAUUUGGUAUGAGUUAGCUUACACAGAGGCUAAAUGUAGGAUGAAGAAAGGGAACAAAGUUUGGCAGAUUGCUUUAGGAUCAGGUUUUAAGUGUAACAGUGCGGUUUGGGUGGCUCUAAGCAAUGUCAAGUCUUCGGUUAAGAGUCCUUGGGAACAUUGCGUUGCCAAAUACCCGGUUAAGCUUGAUCUUUGA